CGAGCGAUGAUUCGCGGAGCACAACUGUAUGCCGUCCGAUGGAUCGCAUCCACGGCUGUCAGCGCACCGGCCGACAUCGACAAACUCUGCGCGGCAGUCCCCGACGACUUGGCGACAUUGAUCCGCAAGCAUGCCGACAUCUUUCCGGACGACCUACCGCCAAGAUUGCCACCCGAGCGAGACCACGACCAUAAAAUCCAGUCGGAGCCCGGCGCGCAACCAACGGUUCGAACACAGUGGAGGCUGACUCAGCCAGAGCUGGAUGAACUUCGACGCCAGCUGGAUUACCUGCUCGAGAAAGGUUUCGAUCGCCCCAGUACUUCAUUGUUCGCAGCUCCGAUACUGUUCACCCCGAAGAAAGAUGGCGGUCUACGAAUGUGCAUUGACUACCGCGCCUUGAACCGGGUUACCAUCAAGUCUCGCUAUCCUAUUCCGCGUGCCGACGAACUCAUCGACCAACUUCGUGGGGCAAAGUUCUUUUCGAAAAUUGACCUGCGAGGCGGUUACCACCAGAUCCGUGUCAACGAAGCUGACUGCUACAAGACGGCGUUCCGAACCCGAUACGGGAGUUACGAGUACACGGUCAUGCCUUUUGGCUUAACCAACGCGCCUUCAACAUUCCAGUUAACCAUGAACGAAUUUUUUCGGCCGCUGCUGGAUAAAUGCGUCAUUGUGUACCUCGACGACAUCCUGAUAUACAGCACUACCCGGGAAGCACAUUUGAGGGAUUUGGAAGCAGUCUUCGCUCUCCUGCAGCAGCAUCGACUCAUCACCAAGGGUUCUAAGUGUGAGUUUCAGAAACAAGAACUGGAGUUUUUGGGACACGUUAUUUCCAUCGACGGUGUUAAAAUUGACCCGAAAAAAAUCGCGACCAUACAAGCCUGGAAGUCGCCGGCUAAUCUCCGCGAACUUCAAAGUUUCCUGGGGUUUGUGAAUUACGUUCGCCGAUUCAUCCCGAACAUGGCAAGUUUUAUGAGUGGGGGAGAGCAGCAGGCUGCGUUCGACCAACUCAAACUUUUCCUGACAACACCUCCGGUUCUUCGCAUUGCAGAUCCUCACCGUCCGUUCGAACUCAUCACCGACGCUAGCGACCUGGCUGUUGGCACAGUACUGUUACAGGACUUCGGCGAAGGCCUUCAACCCAUCGCCUACGAGUCACGAAAGCUGAAUCCGGCCGAGCGAAAUUAUCCCGUCCACGACAAGGAGUUACUCGCCAUCGUUCACGCGUUCAAGGUUUGGCGCUGCUACCUGACGGGCGCUGAUGUGACAGUCCGAACAGACCACAAAUCGCUACAGUUCAUCCGCGCCCAACUGACACUCAACCCCCGACAGAUUCGCUUGCUCGAUUAUCUCGAGUCGAAUUUCCACUACAGAGUCACCUACAAACGAGGGGCCAGCAACAUCGCCGACGCACUGACCCGCCCUUCAGUACAUACCGCCGCUGUCCUAAUCACCCUAACAAAUCCGCUGCUAACUGGACUAUUUACCCACGGAUACAGGGGCUUAUUACCUAAAAUCUGGUACCAAUCGGAUUUGGUUCCCGCUUACUGUACCCUAGGUGAGCUACUGAUACAGGAGGCACACGACUCGAAUUUCUCGGGUCACUACGGCAUCGACAAAACGGCCAAACUACUGAGCCGUAAUUAUUACUGGCCCGAUUUGCCGACGGACGUGCAGCAGUACGUCACCUCCUGCGCCACGUGUCAACGCAUGAAGUCGUCACGACUUCGACCCGCGGGAUUACUGCAGCUGCUCGAGCCACCCAGCCGACCCUGGCAACAAGUGACGAUGGAUUUCGUCACUGGCCUGCCAGCUGGUCCAAGCGGUAAUGACGCGAUUCUCGUCGUCGUUGACCGUUUGACCAAAAUGGCACACUUCGCCGCCUGCAAGACGACAAUCACUGCCGAGCAGACAGCGAAGCUGUUUCUCACGAACAUCGUGCGGCUAUACAGCAUCCCUUCGGCAAUCAUCAGCGAUCGCGACCCUCGGUUCACGUCCAAUUUCUGGACAAAAACCUGGCAGCAGUACGGCACACGUCUACAUCUGCCCACGGCAUACCACCCGCAAUCGGACGGCCAGACUGGGCGCACCAAUCAGACGAUGGAGCAGCUGAUUCGUACAACUUGCACAGACCCGGCCCAGUGGGAAGAUUCUCUUCCAUUGGAGUUUGCGUACAACAACGCCCCAUCAGCCACGACUACUCUCCCCGUUCUUCCUUAAUUACGGGAUAGACCCGACAACCCCUCUA